AUGCCCACCAAGCUCAUCACCGUCUUCGGCGCCACUGGUUCUCAGGGUGGUAGCGUGCUUAACUCUCUUCUGAAGAACAACAGUGGGACUUUCGCUCUUCGUGGCAUUACUCGCAAUGUGGAAUCCGAGGGGUCCAAGGCUCUUGUAGCUCGAGGUGUCGAGAUGAGGCAGGCCAGCUAUCUUGCCAAGGACCAGAUUCUCCAGGCGCUUAGGGGAAGCUGGGGCGUGUUUGUCAACACCAACUCCGAAGAUCCUGCUGUCACGAAGCCUGAUGGCCCCUCCGAUACCGAUGUGGGGAAGACAAUCGUUGAUGCUGCGGUAGAGUCGGGCGUGAAGCACUUUGUCUACAGUGGUUUGGCGUCUGCCUCCAAAAUUACGAACGGUGCCGUUUCGAGCAAGAUGUUCGACGAAAAGUAUGCCGUUGGCGAAUAUGCCAAGUCGAAGGCCUUCGACUCCGUCGCCAUUGUUAGUGCCGGCUGGUACAUGGAGAACUUUCUAAACGAGUAUCUUUCUCGUAUUGGCGGUGGAUUCCCAUUGUAUACCGACGAGGAAGGAUAUCUUACCUCCCGAUUACCGCAAUGGGGCGGCCAGGGUGAGAUUCCUUUCAUCGCCAUCGAAGACGAUUAUGGUGAUCUAGUUCAUGGUGUAUUUCUUGACCCGGAGAGGUACAAUGGGAAAUUUAUCCAUGGCAUGAGCCAUGCCGCCACCCAACCCCAGGUUGUUGACACCCACCACCUUUUGACCGGGAAGAAAAGUCGCUUCAUCGCCAUAGAAGAUUGGAAGGACUUCGGAAAACACGAUGAAUCCCUAGAAGCAACCAGAAACAUGUUUGGCUUUUGCCAGCUUUCAGGUGGCUUGUACUUCGGAAAGCCCAAUGACCCGUCCUUACCACGGGAGCUCAAGGCCAUGGCGACUAAAGCCCAGGGGAGAUCUUCCGGGGAGCUCAUGAAGGUGGAGCGCUUUAUUGCUCAGCGCUUUGCACGCUGA